AUGAGAGAUGCAAUCGAAGGCAUGAAUGACCAGAACCUUGACGGUCGUAACAUCACCGUCAACGAAGCCCAGUCUUGUGGAAGCGGCGGCGGCGAUAACAGAGGUUACAACUGCAGAGGUGGCAGCGGAGCGUUGCCUAUUUGGUUUGAUUUUUCUCUUUUUCUCUAUCUCUAG